GUCGCGGUCGCUGGCUGGCGCUCAGUCUGACUUUGGCGCUGGGACGUGAAAGUCGCAGUCGCAGCCGCAGCCGCAGUCGUAGUCGUAGUCCAAGCCGCAGUCGGCCGGAAAAAGCGAAGGGAAAACCAGCAAUCUGGGACCUUUGCAGGUGCAACGGUUUUUUGAAAACAGAUUUGUGUUUUUUUUGAGUGCGACUUCAGUGAACACGAAUUUGGAAUCAGUGGCAGAGCCAGUGGGAGAGCCGUGUCUUGGGGAUCAGUGUCUGUGGCCAGAGGUGUCGCGGGAACAGGGAAACCAUCAAAAUAAUGCAGUUUCUGUGAGCGGGCCACCAACCAACGAGUAUUCCGAAAAGAAAGGAUAUCCAGCGAGGCCACUACAAUCACAGGACAGGAAGAGGUAGAGCUCUCUCGGAUGUCGGCCGCUACCCACAUGGCGUUGCCAGCCCACGCCGUGGACCCUCCGCCCGGGACGCCGCCGGUGGCAGUCAACGCUGGAUCAGCCUGCUCCAGCCUCACCCUGCCGGCAGGCAGGCGCGGCCACAAGCGCAGCGUCUCCCUGGAGAACAACGCCCCGCUCGCACUGCGGAGCACCCCCAACCUGGGCCAGUCCUCGCUCGGGUCGCCCUUGCUGCACUUCAGUCAGGGGACCCCCGGCCAGGGACAGCCCUUCCACACAGGCACCCUCAAGUCGCGCCAAGAGCAACGCCGCCUCAGCCAGAAGUUCGGUAGCCACAGCAACUUGGACGACGAGGGAGUGGGCGGAGGCGUGGGUGCGCAGAUGCGAAGCAAGUUCCAGAAUAUCCGUCAAAUGUUCGAGCUGAGCCGCAGCUGCGUAGUCGGAGGGAGUGGCGGCGGGAGUGGCAGCGGCGCAUCGACCAGCGGCCCAACCGCUGAGGAGGAGGGGCUCCAAUCUCUGCCAGCAAUGCUCUCCCAGCAGCCACAGCCGCUGCGCCGGACCACGCCCAUUGCCGGCGGAAGUCGCCACCACCAGGGCGAGGCGGAACAGAACGGCAACUUUCUGCGGCCAAUCGCCUUCAAGCCGAUUCCAUUCGAACCGGACUACCGCAUCGCGUGCCAGCAGCAACAGCAGAAGCUGCAACUGCAGCAGCAGCAGCAACAAUUGCCACAGCAGGCGGCUGGCCAGGUGGGGGAGCGGUACGGCUAUGGAUCGACUCCCUCCCUAGCCCCUCUGCCUGCAGUUUCCCAGAAGUUUGGCAGUACUACAGAUCUGCGUCACCUUGCUGCCCGACGCCGUAACCACCGCAUCCUGCAGCGAUCUGGUAACGAAGAUGCCUUGUCCCUGGACCUGUUGGGAAGUGGAAGCCAUGACAGACCCGAUGGAGCGAGCAGCAAAAGCAGCGGCACAGUGGUGGGAAGCAGUGAUCUGACACCGUCGCCCUCGGACUCCGGUAUCUCGGAGCUGGAGGCGGCGCUCAAGGACCGCGACUCAGAGCUCUCCUACCUGCGCCAGGCCGUGGAGCACAAUACAAAGGACAAGGAAGCUAACUGGGAGCAGGACAACCAGCGGCUGAGGCUCUUCUACGAGGGACAGCAGCGGGAGAGCCAGCUGAAGCUGCGCAAGAUGGAGCAGCUCCUGGGGCUGCAGCAGUUCCAGCUGAAGCAGCACAAGCUGCGCCAGUCAGAGCACGUCGGCCGACUGCAGCAGCAACUGGACCACGCCCACUGCACAUCGCAGCAGCUGCAGCAGCAGCUGGAGGCGCUCAGGACGCAGUUGGAGGACAGCGAGUGGCGGGUGUGCGAGCGGAACGGGGAGAUAGCGUUGCUCAAGACGCAGCUCAAGGAGGCACACCUGGAAAUCAAUGCCAAGGACCAUGCGAUUGUCAGCCUGAAGCACAACAGGGUCGGUGGCAGCAGCAGCUCUGACCCAACCACAAGCCAAAGUCAACCAAAGCAGCCGGCCUCGGAGGGGCAGAAGCAGCAGCAGCUGAAAUCCUCACUCGCACUUGACACGCAGCAGCUUCAGAAGAUAAUCACCCUCAAGGACCAGGUGAUCGGGGCGCUCACCAGCGAGCUGGCGAAGCUUCGCAAGGAGCUCUCCGACCUGGCCAUCGCCCACGAGUACGGCGAGGAGCCCUGCGGACGCUACACACGGCUGAAGCAACAGCUCGACAAUCUCAACGAGAUCUGCCAGAAGACUCGCAGCUGCACCACAUCCUCCCCAGCACCUGCGCCCAAGGAGCUGCCCAAGCUGGAUGUCCUGGUGCAGGGACUGCAGAUUGACCCGGGCCAUGGGGGAAAGUCCCAUCAGCCGCUCCAGCCCCUUCAGCCGCCUCAGCAGACGCUGGACACGCUGAUCGAGGAGUCCACCACGUAUGCGGAGGACAUUGCCAAGCUGCGCCAGAAGCUGGACGACUUCCGGCUGAACCUGGAGCUGGAGAAGCGGCAGUGGAGCGCCGAGAAGGACAAGGUGCUGGGCUACCAGAAGCAGCUGCAGGCCCACUACAUCCACAUGUACCAGAAGCUGCGCUGCCUGGACUCCCAGGUGGAGGCAGGAGCUCCCAACGAGGAGGGGAAGGGCGGGGGCCAGAGGGCGAAGGCCGCCAACGGGCACUAGAGGGGGAAGCAACAAGUCCUUGCUCCAAAAGACACAACAUCCGUGUCCAGGACCAGUCCAGGACUAUCCAAUAUUUUUUUGACAAUACGCAUAUUUAAUUUUGUUUUUAUUAUUUUACAAAUUAUAUGUGGAUGUAUAUGAUUAAUUUAUUAAAUGUAGCUGCACAGAAGGAGAAUUGUGAUUCUGCAUACGUGGAGGGGUCGUAUGUGGUUGGAUAUAAUAUUUAUAUUAUAUGUGGGUGCUCGCACCUCCUCCUACGCAAUGUAUAUGCAAUGAAAUAAAAGUAAAUACAAACAUA